CUGCUGCCGCACGCUCGGCGGCAGCGCGGUGGCAUCGUUAUUUAAACUUUAUUGUCGGUCGGGUCGCGCGAUACGAGACAACGCAUUCUCGCCGGGCCUUUCGGUGCCUCUUUUUUCUUCGGUUUCCUUUCCGGUUCGCAAAUUCGCGACUUUUUCGCAUUUUUUUUUUUGGAUCGCCGGUCUGCGCGCGGGAGUGCGGCGUGCUGUGAACGGGACUUUUGGUUUCUUUUUUUUUUACUUUUGUUUCUCGCUCGGUGAUUUGAUUUGUUUUUUUCCGGUUGGUUGGUUUUUGGAAUUUUUCGUUUUGGUCUCCCUAUAGAAGGAAAUAUUCCAGAGAGCGCAGGAAACACAAGCAGAGCAUAGAUUUCCGGCCAAUCCACCCGGGAUAGUUUCGGUGCCGCGCGGAAGCAGGGGUCCAAGGAGUCUCUACCUCCGACGCCAUGCGGACAGCUUCGGUUUCACAUUACGCCAUUUCAUCGUCUAUCCUCCAGAGUCUAUCGCUGAAGACGAUGGCAGGCACGCAGCUUGUGGGGCGCUGCUCGCCCCUAUGGACACCAUCUUUGUGAAGCAAGUGCGCGAACGCAGUCCCGCCAGACAAGCGGGUUUGCAACGGGGCGAUCGCAUCGUUGCCGUCAACGGGGUGCCAACUGCUAGUAGCACGUACCAACAGGUGGUCCAUCGGAUCGCCAGCAGUCCCGACUACCUCCAUCUGCUCGUCGUGCCAAAAGAAGAGGACGUACUUCAGAGGUUUUUCCCUGACACCGCCUACAAUCCGAUUUCCAAUCAACCUCAAGCGUAUCCUGAAGGUCCCGUGGACCGAACUAGCGCGCAGCAAAUUCUGACGCAGCGCAUUGCGCAGCAACAAAAACGCGCGGCCGCGCAGGGCCCGGAGAAGUUUCGCGUGGACGCCGCAUCGUGGCGCUACCUGCACCAGCCUUACUUCUGCGGUUACGAUUUCCCGGGAACGGUCCCGCAGGGUGCCAGGGUCGCGCACCCCGACCAAGGCAAAAUCGGUCACCAGAAGAGCGCGGAGAGUGUGCUGCAGCCGAGCAGACGAGACGCACAGGAGAUUUACGCGGAGAUCCGUCAGCCAAAUGAGGUACAACUGCGUCAAAAAUCGCGGGCUGGUCCCCAGGUGCCCCUGUUUAAAAAAAUGGGGCAGAUGGGUCGCAGGGCCAGCGAAGGAAGCACGUUGUUGUCCAGCACGGAAUACCAUGGCGCCCAGUCUCUAGCCUCGUCGGACGGCGGCUUUUCGGAUCGUUACUAUAUUAACGACAUGAAGGCGAUGUACAAACCAAAUUAUUUACCGUCCGGUAACGAUUCUACCCCGGGUCAGGACGGUAGUGGCACCAUGUUGAACGCGAACUGCAGAUUGAGCAUGGACGUUGAGCGUAGGGAGAGCACGAGCAGUUUGUCCUCUUCGAUUGCGGAUAGCAGCAAGGAGAGCCUCGCUUCGUUCGGCUCCAACUCCACCCUGACCGGCCACGAGAUGGACGACUCCGUGAUAAUGUCCCGUUUCCGGCAGAGCGUGAAACAAAAGGAGGAGUUUCUGCGCACGCCCGGUCGUCCCGCGCAGCACGCGCUCAUCCGUCGUGAGUUCUACGGACGUCCGAAAAAGCUCGAACGGGCGGUCUGGCCGCCCCCCAACGAGGCGGCCGCGCAGCAACGCUCUCCCAAACCGACCAAUCAGAACUUUGCGCGCGUCAAGAACGACAUCGACGGGGAGAGGGAGUGCGUCGGAGCGCAACUAAACGGUCAGGCGGGGGGCGUGGCUGCGGUAGCCGCCCCCAACACGUCUGCCCACUCUCCCAAGGAGUGGAUGACUGCCACCACGGCGACUGAAAUGGCGAGAGAAGCGUCGUUGCCUCCGGAUUUCGAAGCCGUCGAUGAUAAAAGGACCGUAGUCAAUUACAUUCUGGCGUACUUAUUUCCAACGAUGUACCCCAAUCUCCAAGUGGUGCACAAACGCGCGAAAGAGUUCGAAACCGGUUCCGAUGAUAACCGGACCGAUUUUUCGCGCAGCGAACUCGCUCGGCUGAGUUCGAAGAAACUCGUGCCGAACGUGUGCGAGCGCGCGCACGAAUAUGAGACCAAAGCCAUCACCGACGUCACCAAGAGGGACGCCGCUACUCCGGCGUCGACGGUGCCGAUAAGGAAAAUCCAGAAGGACAGCAGAUCGCUGGACAGCUCAGGUAGCAACACUAGCGCUAGCAGCAUCAACGAACUGCUCUUCUCUGGUUUGGGAAAUCGCGGACUCUCCGGCAACGUCAUCAUUUCUACCGGAAGUAAGUUUAUCCAUUGUCCUCCUCCGGUCCAGGAAUCGUCCGUUAGACCAACAGAUUUAUUGAACAGCGAACCCGUCCCGUUCAGGCCUCGGUCCAAUUCCGCCGAAUCGUGGAUAGGGACUCUCAAAGACACCAACACCUCCAAAGAUAGCCGACCAAGCGAAACUAUCCCCCAGCCCCCACCCCUGCCGCCUUCCUCUCCCCUGAUCCCGGAACCCGUCGUGGAAAUUCAGUUGGCCGUGCCGACAGUGUCGAUUACUCCAGCCCCUCCCGUCAGGCCCACGCAGCUCGACCUGGACCUGGACAGACCUCGGAGGCCCGUCAGGACCCAUCAUCCCAAAUCCGUUCGCGAUCCCAAUCGGUUAUCGGUGGUGAUUCCCACUAACCAAGACGACAGACCUGUCGUGGUUAAACGAAGAAUUAAAAAUACUAACCUAGCCGACGACGACAGGGUCGUGCGGCGGGAGUCGUACCUGAAAGCGACCGAGGGCGGUCGUAUGCACAUAGACAGUGAUUUCAGCGAAGAGAGCGAAAUCUCACCCCAAGCACUCCGAAGCGCGCAUAGGAAGUGGCGCCCUCCCUUGUUUCCCGGGGACAUUCAGCAGCUGCGCAAAAUGUUCGAGGAGGCCGCUUCCUCUUACGGCGACAGCGCGAGCGGCAGUAGCAGUAACGCCUCAUUAGAUCGGGAAAAGGAGUCGGUGAGUCCGGGACCUCACGAUAAGUUCGGCGCGAUACGGGAAGGGAUCGUCCAUUGCAAGGUUUUGGAAAUCGACGGCAAGCGCGCUGCGGACCGAUCUUGGAAACAGGCGAUGAUCGUUCUCAAAGGACCGAAACUGUUUCUCUAUAAGGACCGACACCAUCAGAGCCCAAUCAGUACGUCCGACAUUUCGUUAGACCAAUCGCUGGCCGGCGGCGUGGACAUGCGGACGAGCGUAGUGCGAGUCGCCGAGGACUACACCAAGAGGAAAAACGUCUUGAGGGUAUCAGCCGUCAAGCCGUGCCGCUCGGAAUUCCUGCUGCAGGCGGAGAGUACCGAAAAUUUCGCCGACUGGGUCAAAACGUUGCAGGAACAGGUGGCCGUCAGUACCGAAGCGGAGCUGGACGCAUCGCUGAGCAGGCAGCAGGCCGUACCCCAAUUGGUACCGGCUUCCACUUCCAUUCAGGUGCAGGGCAGCCACUUGUCUCCUCAAUUAAACGCCAAGAGCGGAGGUAAAGCGACCGCCAUCAGAAAUCGUUCGCCUACGGGGCAGUCGCCCGUGAGCAAGACGAGGAAGCCAUCUACUUUAACCACCACCGAGCACGUUGCGGCAGCCACCACCAGCCCCAAGAGCAAAACGUGGAGAGGUCGCGUCGUCAAACAGUUUAAGAAGUUUAAUCAGGGCGCGCAUUCGCCGAGCUCGCCCACAGCCCCCGAAGGGUCUACGUUUGGCAUACCCAUCGAGGACUGCAUACCGUCUAACGGGAACGCGUGCGUGCCUCGAUUUGUCGAGGUCUGUACAGAAAUCAUCGACGAAAAGGGGCUGCAGACCGUAGGCAUAUACAGGGUGCCCGGAAACAACGCUUCGAUCACCGCUCUCACAGAAGAAAUCAACCGCAACUACGAGGACGUGCCGUUGGACGAUCAACGAUGGAACGACCUGCACGUCGUCAGCAGCCUGCUCAAGUCCUAUUUCAGGAAGAUGCCCGACAGUUUGGUGACGUCGUCACUCUAUCCGCUGUUUAUCAAGUCCGACAAGAUCGAAGAACCCAAAACGAGGAUGGAGGAGCUGCGCAGGCUGGUCCGCGCCUUACCCAAACAUAACUACCACACGCUAAAACACGUGGUACACCACCUAAAACGGGUGGCGGACAAUUCGAAUGUCAACAAGAUGGAGGCGAAAAACCUGGCGAUCGUGUUCGGUCCAACCAUUGUGCGGCCGGAGUGCGAGACCAUGGAGAACAUGGUGAACAACAUGACGAGCCAGUGUAAGAUCGUGGAAAGCUUGAUCACCAACGCCGAUUGGUUUUUCCCUGACCACGACGACGAAAACAUGUCCCACAUGGUACCGCUAGCAUUACCGGACAAUUGCGACGAGUUCGAACCGAACAACCAAGUGCUGCUCAACAACAUUAGCAAAUACGAAGCUUUGAAGGACCAAAAAGAGAAGAACGGAGCGUUGCUGUCGUCCCUAAUAUCGGCGGCCCAGCGUAAGGUCAUGAGGAAACCCUCAAGAACGACCGCUCAAGAUACGAGCCGAGAAGAGCCGACCACGCCCACCAGUCCGAAGCCAUUCGCGCAGUUUCCGCCAGUCGAUUCCAAGAACAAUGGUGAUCAAAAUCAGGACUCGAAAGGAAACGGCUGUUCGAUCCCGGUGACGGUCGUGGAGUUGGAGAAGCGCGACAGAAACAAACCGUCGGCGGAGAAGAUGCCGUGGUUCAAUUACUCGACGGACAAAGACGAGUUUCAUAGGCGGAUCGAAAGUUUCAAGCAGGAAACGGAAGCGAUGCUCCAACGACCGAGGAAGACGGAGAUCAGCGUCACGAAAAUAGAAUCCAAAUCCAGUCACUUGAGUUCGUCAGCGAGUAACGUGAACCAAACGUCGAGGCUCUCGAUGAAACCGUCCGAACUGCAACCGCUGACGAAAACCCACAGCGCCCAGAACGUUUUCGCGCGAAACCCAAACAACAACCGGAACAGUUUCAAUCCGGUGCAGUACGCCGGCAACGCGGCCGAGAUGAACAACCGAUACUCGUACAACGCUAGUGGACUCGUCGGCAGACCGUCGGGCCGGAAGGACGACGUGAAAACCUACCGAGAGGUCGACAGCGUGGACGCGGCAACCAGGUACUGCUUGAGGCGGGGCAGCUCUGUCGAAAACGUCAAUUCCGGCAUUUCGGAUUCGAACUUGAACAAUGGACUGAAGAAGGUGAAAUACGAGAACGAGAGCGACGGCCAAAGGAGAGGCUCGUUCGACUCGCUGAACAAACUUCAGACGGAGGACGAGUCCCUGUUGAGCACGAUGACUAAACUGAUUGACCAAAAACUGAAGGAGAAAUCGUCGCGGCUGAACAUCCUGUCCGACGACGACAUCCCGUAUGCGGACGAGUCUCCGGACAAGCGAACGGGUAGCGACGAUGUCACUGCCCCAGACAAGGGAACCGCGUCGCCCGUCAAGGACCUCUACAAAAACCCUAGCCUGCACAAGAGCAACGCGCGAAGCUACCGCGACGCGCCGAAGGAGCAAGCGAAACGGGAUAAGGAGAAGGAGGUGGACACGCAGGAGGACACGGUGCCUGACAACGAGCGUCACAUAUCGUUAACGUUGAUCGCGAGCAAACUGAAACGGUCCGAGUCGCUGAACAAACCGCCGCCGACCACCAACAACAAGGUGAAACGGUCGGAGAGCUUGAACAAAACAGGAGACAAACUGAAGAGGUCCGAUAGCUUGACGAAGACAGAGAAAACAGAGAGCAACAUCAACAAGCGACGCGAGUUGGGACGCAAACUCAAAGAGUCAACGAAGAACAAGCGGAAGAACGGCGCGCCCGAUCGUUCGAUCAAGCGGCGUCACACAGUGGGCGGCACGAAAGACCCAGACAAGGUGACAUGGGUGAUGGACACGGCGCAGAAGCGGGAGGAUCCGCGCGCAGAUAAGGAGAGGGGAUUGAGGACGAGCUCGCCGGACCUCAGCUCGACCAGACGCGAACGGUUCUUCUUCGAGAUUAACCUGAUCGGGCCGGAGAACAUGGUGGUGGCGCUCAGGCAGCAUCUGAUCGGCUCGCGACCUCAGAGUUUCCCAGAGUCGACGGUGUUCAAGGUACCGCUCGAGUCUCACGUGUGAGUCACGUCGCGACGCAUGUGCAAUAUGGUAUUUCGCUGGUAACGCUCGGAUGGUAUUCUAAAACGAUGUGAUAUUAGGUUUAAGUUGGGUGGCCGCCGUCCCCCAACCCCGCCUGGUUUUUACGGUAUUUAGCGUCUAGUUUGUCGACUACCGCGGCAGUAACGCUUUCGCCAAUUUUGCUCGUUUUUACCGACUAUAAAAUGAUACUUCAAAAAUAUGUACGUCUGGAAUUAGAAAUAUAUUCUGAAGCAUGGCUGUUACAAUUUUAGUUCUGCAUCUUAAUACUAGAAAACUAUUUGUCUGGACUUCCAUUGCCUUUGCUUUAAAUUAUAUCUAAAGCCAAUAAAAAUAAAAUUCAUAAACUUACGACCUGAAAUGUAGUGUGUAAUGUGGGUGCCAGCCAACUACUGGUAUCCACGGUCGGUUUACCGCACUUGAUGGACUACUGAAAGCGUCUUUGAUUCCCUGCUUUUUUUAAUUUUCUCUUGUACCGGGGUUUUGCCCUCCACGAACUAUUGUUGCUCCCGUCCCGAAAAUUCAGUGCUGCUUUAUCCAGGGCAACAAAGACGCCUUUGGCAAGCCGUCACUAGAGGUAAGCAAGCUGUGGAUACUAUUAAUCACAGGUAACAAGGACAACCAAAGAGGGCUGUCACACACCAGCAACCAGCAGUCAUACCUGGUGCGCACAGUAUAUUUAAACUCCGACUUUUUAGAACUUUGUCGUUAUUCUCUUGACUACCAACCGCAGCAUUAAGAUGUAACUAAGAAUGAAGGCAUAUACAACUCUUUGCCUAUAUCCUGCGAACAGAGAUUGUGGAACUUCUAUUAUGUAAAAUAAAAUAAAAACAAUGAACGUUCUACAAUCAGUUAGUUUCAAACAUGGGUUGCUUUUCAAUAAACAGUCGAAUUAACCGAAAAAAUUGCAAUGCUGGCAGAAGUUCGCCCAUUCAUUUGAUUCAUUCACUAUUGGUAGUCGUCAACUAGACUUAACUCGUGUAUAUACAUAAACUUGUAGCGUAGAUCAAAACGGACGGAAAUGCAAUUUCUCUUGUUAAGUAGAUUUUUUAUUAUUAUUAUUACGAUCUUGACAGUUUCGCAUUUAUUUGUUAGGUAAUUUUUAGUUUUUUCGCUUGUUUGAAUGUGAUCCCGCAAAAUAAUUCCAGUUGUCGAGCAAUUUUAUUUUGUGAUAAAAAAAGUAGGACGUAUUCUGUUGUACAUAAAUAAAUAUCGGAAUUUGCCUAAUUCAAUUAUUUGCACUGUACUAACUAUGUAAUUUAUAACCGUAUGUAUUGAAUUAAAAACGGCGCAGGACGUGCGGAUAUGGAAACCGAUCGCCCUUGCAACGCUGCUAGGCUGUUUGUAUCUUGCCUGUUAUUGUUUUUAUAGUUUUUAAGUACAAAAAUGUAUGUGUUGUUGUAAUUUGUGGAAAUUGUAAAUAUAUUUUCAAUUUAU